UCAAUAUAAAACUUUGAAUGAUAUGAUUUAUUCGAAUUGAACGUUAGGAUCUUAAAAAGGUCUAACAUUUCAAAAACAGAAGGAUAUUUUAUCUAAAUUGUUCGAUACUUUUAAUGUAUAUUCUUUUCUAGUAUGUAAAGGUCGUUGUUCAUCUGAUUUAAAUGCAUUCGGGUUGCUUUAAAUCUUUUUUUAUGGAUUUUACUACAACAAAAAAAAUUUAAUUAGCAAAUUGUAAUGAAAUAUUUUAUGCUGAUAAAGGUCUUGAUUAAUUAGUGAAAAUGAUCAUAUUAAUAUAUAUGAUGCUUAACAAAAAUGUUCAUUAGCAAGUGUAAGAAAAAGCAAAGUUAAAUAUACAAUGUGGUCAAAUGAUACGAAUUACUUAUCAUUAUUAGGAUGAUUCAGGUGUUUUUCAGCAUACAACAUCAAAUCAUAUUAAGUAUGCACUUAUGAAUGGUGAUCAUGGAAUUAUUCAUAUACUUGAUUUAUAUAUUUGUAUAACAAAAGUUAAAGUAAUAGAAAAUACGAUGAAGCGUGAUGCACGUUCACCAAAAUUAUUUUACCUAGCAGUUUGA